AUGUCAAUUAUAAAAGACGGUAUUAAAUAUACUGCAUUUAAAGGAGGUGUAACUACCACUUAUGAAAUUGAUGGUGAUUCUAUUAAAAACGCUACUAAAGUACCAAACGUUAUUGUAAAACCUAAAGGUAUAUUACAUUAUUAUAAAUGUCAAAAAUAUAAUGAGAAAUGGGUAUUUCCUAUGGAUGAUGAACUUUAAUUAGCAAAAGGUCCUGUUAGAAUUACUGAUCGUGAAGUUAUUGAAAGAAUCGAAAAAGAAGGUAAAAAAAAUGCAAAAAGAGCAGCAAGAGAAGAAAAAGCUGUAGCUGAAGCUGCUGUUGCUGCUAAACUUUUAUAG